GUUAAAUGCUGUACAGUAUUAUGUCCAAGGACGAAAUCAGGAACGUUUAGCUGAAUGUUAUUACAUGCUAGAGGACUAUCAAGGACUGGAGAAUCUAGUGGACUCACUUCCGGAGAAUCAUAAAUUGCUCCCUGAUAUAGCUUAUAUGUUUGUAAGAGUGGGGAUGUGUGAACAAGCUGUGUCAGCCUUUCUGAAAUGUAAUCGACCAAAGGAUGCAGUGGAUACCUGUGUGCAUCUCAACCAGUGGAAUAAAGCUGUGGAGCUGGCUAAAAAUCACAAUAUGAAAGAGAUUGGAUCCUUGUUAGCCAGAUAUGCAAGUCAUUUACUGGAAAAGAAUAAAAUUUUUGAUGCUAUAGAACUCUAUCGUAAAGCCAGUUACUUCUUUGAAGCUGCUAAGCUCAUGUUCAAGAUUGCAGAUGAAGAGUCAAACAAAAGGACGAAGCCAUUGCGAGUUAAAAAGCUUUAUGUGUUAUCAGCCUUACUUAUGGAACAGUACCAUGAACAAAUGCAAAAUGCACAAAGGGGAAAAGUUAAAGAGAAAGGCUCAGAGAGUGCUUCAGCUUUGGCUGGUUUGCUAGAAGAAGAUGUUCUUUCUUCAACUAAUCGCUUUGCAGACAAUGCCUGGCGUGGUGCUGAGGCCUACCAUUUCUUCAUACUUGCACAAAAACAGCUCUAUAAAGGCUCUGUAGAUGCAGCACUUAAAACAGCUCUUCAUUUGCGAGAUUAUGAAGACAUUAUCCCUGCAGUUGAAAUCUAUUCCCUUUUGGCAGUCUGUGCAUGUGCAAACAGAGCAUUUGAUAUUUGUUCAAAAGCCUUUGUUAAACUACAGUCCUUGGAAGCUCUUAGGCCAGAGCAGAGGCAACAGUAUGAAGACCUUGCUCUAGAGAUAUUCACAAGAUACAGUCCGAAGUAUAACAAAAAAUCUGAUCUGGAUGAUGUUCUAGAGAGUGGAGAUGGGAAACUUCCUGUAUGUGUUGCCACAGGAGAGCCUAUCCUGGAGUAUCGAUUCUGGAUGUGCAGUGUGUGUAAGCAUUGUAUGAAAGCCAAAGAAGCAGGCAAUUAUAACUCCUGUCCUCUGUGCCACAGCACAGUAUAGCUGAGGAUAAGGGACUGUGUAUCCUCAUUUAUGACUCCUAAAAAUAGCCUCUGAAAUG